GGUUUCCGGUACGGAUCGGGUAGUGACAGUAGCGUUAGCCUGUUAUUAACCUUGUUGCGGAUGGCUGUGUAGCCGAUGAGUGUGGUAAAUUGUUGCAGCAGCAAUGUCUUCUGUUGGUGGGUGGAGGAGCGUCAUUGGCGUGAGGCUGGAUGGAGCAUUUGAGGGAAUCUUCACAGAGUUUGAAAGUAAAAUGGAGCAGUGCGAGACAGAAGUGGAGCAUCAGCGCAGACUGCUGGAAACCAUCCGGAACCCCGAAAUAAAGCUGCACAGAAUAGACCAACGCUGCAUCUGUACAAAGAAGGAAGAGGAAAUCUCUAUCCAGGAGAAGAACGCCAGUCUGGAUCCAGAGGAUCAGAAACCUUCACUGAUUAAAGAGGAGCAGGAGGAGCUGUGCAUUAGUGAGGAAGGAGAGCAGCUUGUGCUAAAGCAGGAAAGUGAUGCCUUCAUGGUGACUCCUGUUUGUGAGGGCAGUGCCGAGCUUCUGUCCUGUUUUGUACCUGAGAGUCGAGAACAGGAAGGAGUCAAAUGUGAAAACUCAGGAAUGCCCUUAAAAACGGAGCCGAAACCAAAGAAAGUCUGUAACAACACAGAUGAAAACACACAAGUCUGCAGGAAUAGUUUACAAAUAAAAGAACUUUGUGGUACUACGAAUAAUAAUAUAGAUGGGACGCUUUACUCCUGCAGCUCCUGCACGGAGACAUUUGAACAUGAAUCAACGCUUAAAAAUCACCUACGAAUCCACGCAGACGAUGAGCCGUAUUCCUGCAUGACAUGUGGGAAGGUUUUCAACUACAGCGCUUCCUUCAAGCUCCACAUGAAAGUCCACACGGAUGAGAGGCCGUACUUCUGUGAGAAGUGCGGCAAAACGUUCAGAAGAAAUGAUAAGCUGCGGCUGCACAUGAGAACGCACACGGGGGAAAAGCCGUACCUCUGCAUCACCUGCGGAAAAAGGUUUAACGACCCGUCGGCGUUCAGGAGGCACACGGCCAUACACACCGGCGAGAAGCGGCAUUCUUGCAAAACCUGCGGCAAACGUUUUGCCCACAGCAACAGCUUUCUCUGCCACAUGAGAACCCACACAGGUGAGAGGCCUUACCUCUGCACCACCUGCGGGAAUAGAUUUGUCAACGCCUCAAAGCUUAAAAGGCACACGAGGACACACACGGACGAGAAGCCUCACGUCUGCAACACCUGCGGGAAGAGGUUCAUUCGCCUUUCCAGGUUGACGAGUCACACGAGGAUUCACACGGGUGAGAAGCCGUACUCAUGCCAAAUAUGCCAGAAGGACUUCGCUUACACCACUUCCUUGAAGGUCCACAUGAGAGUCCACACAGGCGAGAAGCCGUACGUUUGUGAGAAAUGUGGGGAAAGUUUCAGUCAGGCGGGGAGCCUAACCACCCACAUUAGAAGGCACGCAGGUGAAAAAAAAGUCUUGAAACACCUGUGAGGAGAAAAUAUGAGCGAAAAUGAGUUGAUUAGGUUUUGGUUUAAAGAGGGUUGUGUAACUUUACUGUGCGUUAUACUGUACAUGAUGAGCCUGCCUUUAGAUUCAAGUCUAAUGUUGUGUUAAUGUGGUGCGUCAGCAGUAAUGCUCCAAGUGCUCGAGUUGCACUGCACAGCAGAGGACAACAAAAAAAAAUGGCUUCAAGGUAAGAAAAUAGAAGUCUGCAGUCUUUUUAAUGACCAGCAGGUGGCCAGUCUGGACUCAAACGCUGGUUUUAGGUCAUAUUUCAUAAAAUGUUGUAAAUUAUGCUCUGUAAUGAAGGCAGAUGAGGAUUAAUAGAGUAUAUGUACUGUCUGAAAUCCUGGGCAGAAGCUCCCCCACUUGUUUCAACACCAAGAUGGUGAAAACCAGCUUGAGGCUUCGUGACAUGAUGUUAUGGUGGAUACAUCCAUCUUUUAGAUGCAGUUUGUGGGGGCAUCUUUUUAUGAUGAAAUCCUUAAAAUCUGAGAAUUCACCAGCACUUCUGAAGUAUUUCAUCUCUAAUCGUGAUAUAUGUAUGCGGGAUUAUGUGUUAGUCUCUCAUGUAUAUUAGAGGACUACAGGCUUGUUUUUAAUAAAUAAUAUAAGAUGGGAAGGAGUGAUGAAAUGAGAGGCCGGCUGGCUCUUGUGGUUCAUCUGAAUCAGUUGAAAUCUGAAAAAUCGACCCUGCCAGUUUUUGUUUUUCUUCUUUUUUUUUUUUGUAAACAAAAAAAUGUAGUCUCAAAGAGUGUAAAGGACAAUAAAAAUUCUUUUCAAUACAAAUAUCUUUUUCGUUUUCAAUUAUUCAAACAUCACUUCCCAAAUUACUGGAUCAAAUGAUUAUUGGACACCUACCUGUGACUGACAUCAGAUUACAUACAGUAAUUAAUAGGACACGGCGUGCUUGGUAAAUUUGUAAUUGUUAUAUGAAGUAGUGUUUGACUAUUUUAUGGUUUUAACUUAAUUGUUUCUGGUUUUCAUUAAUAGCUGGCGUUAACUAGCUAGCUUGCUAUGGAGAGGUUCACCUGCCACUAUUGAUUAAACACAAACUUUUACAGUACACGUGAUGGACAUUCUCAGCAGAGACAGAUGUGACUGCUGUCUGAAGCCACUCUGUACAGCCAAGCCACCUGCAGCAACUGCUGCUGUGUCAGAUUUUCAUUGUCCCAUCCCUCUUAUCCAUUUUUAAAGCUCCUUCUGACUUCAUGGUCGUGGCAAGACAAUGAUUAUUGGGACAGCUAGUAAAAACUAUUUAAAAGUCAACUUCAACUUGACACUUUUGCUUAUUAAUUACACUUGCACACAAGGUAUUGAGGUGAUAUUCAACUGAAUCUCUUUUUAUUCAAGCAUUAAGGAAAUGUUCACAAUACAUUGGAGAUAUUUAGGGGAAAUAAACACUAGACUCAUGUCUGGGAUAAUAAUGCUGAUUUCAAGCAAAAAACUAAAAAGCCAAUAAAAAAACAUACCUGAGGACAGAGGUGCGUACAGGUGAAUUCUGAGUGGAAGCAGUACGUGAAAUGUACGUGAUUGAGGAGCUGACUUGAACAAAAUCAAUUGGUUGCAUUAAAUAUACACUCGCCGGCCACUUUAUUAGGUACACAUGUUCAGCCACUUGUUGAAAUAGAUUUCAGAUCAGCCAAUCACAUGACAGCACCUCAGUGCAUGACCUCCUGAUCAAACGGCAUCAGAAUGAAGGAGGUGAUUUAAGAGACUUUGAAUGCAUCAUUAUUGUUGGUUCCAGACAGGAUGGUCUGAGCAUUUCAGAAACUGCUGAUCUGCUUU